GAUACCUUGGGACGGCAGUCCUAGAAGCGCUAGAAGCAGAACGAAGUAGAGAACGGUAGAGAACGUAGAGAAGUAGACGGCGUUUCUGGAUGUUUGUGGAUGCAGUUGUGUUUGGGGUAUGUCUAGCCAUGUUAAGGUCGUAUUCGGCUUAAAAGAAUUUACCAUCUUCGCGGAGAGGGAUGCCGCAGGAAAUCAGUGAAGAGAAUAAGAUGAAAACCGAGAAGGAAAUAUAAACAGAUACAAAAGAACAUUAGAAACGGCCCCUAAAAACCAUGUGGAAAUACGUAUGUAGAGGAUUCAAAGAAACAAUUGAAAGAAGAAUCAGUUUUAGACAGAAAGAUAAAGCAGCUGGUCAAGAAUGUCCUAUUGGUGCUAUUCAAAAUAAGCUUAUUCCUGGGAUUGUAUCAACAAACAAAUAUGAUAAUGAAACAUCUGAUCUGGGUGGCAGAUGUAAGAAUGGGCCAUGUAGUGAUAAGAAACGACAAAAUGGGGACCGUCAUGGUGAGAAGUGGAGACAUAAUGGGUGCAUUCAAGAGCCCAUGCUUCUUGGUGCUCUUGGAUGGAGUGGUGUCAUGAUACUUGGUUGGUAUGUGUGCCAACCUGUAUGUCGUCGUCAACGUGCCCAGCCUCCAGAACUUGAACGACUGAAGAGCCAGGCAAGACUGCCUCGUCACACAGAAUAUGUAAGCCUAUUUGGGGCACUAUCACGUAUUGUACUUGCACAGCCGCUCAGUAUAUUGCCUAAGAGGGUUGCAAAACAUGUAUCAUCACCAUUAUCACCACCUGUACCUCAGGCAGUGCAACUCCAAUCUUCUUCAACCAUUUCAGCAGAUGUGUCAGAUGGUUUUGAAGAUACCACAUCAGAACCAAAAUUUGGACCAGUCACAGCAGAGGAGGCUCUGGACGAGGCGGCAGGUGACCUUACUAAGGCACAGAACACGGUGAUGAGUGGCAUUGAGAACCGUUUGGGAGUGGCAUGCAUGCAGCUUGGCAAGUACAAGGAGGCACAUGUGUAUUUCCAGAGGGCUGUGCAGCUUGGCAAUGCUCCUGCAGCCUUCAACAUGGGGCUGUGCUACGAGACUGGAGCUGGCACAUCACAGGAUUUCAAACUGGCUGCAGAGUACUAUGAUCUGGCUUCAAAGUGGGGCCAUGCUACAGCAAUGUACAACCUUGGUGUCUUCUAUGUUCAUGGGUGGGGUGGACUUCCUAUGGACUGCAACCGUGCAAGACAGUUGUUUGUUGCAGCAGCUGAACUGGGGCAAACAAAUGCACAGGAAGCCCUUUCAAUGGUUCCUUCUUCCAGCAGCAAAGAGUCCACAGUUCACAGUGCGGAAACAGAAUUAAGUGAAUCAGAAGCAGUAGCGCAUGAACCGAAUCCAGUGAACAUCCUAUACCAGAUCUUGGGAAUCAUGAAAUCAAGACUACCUGUGGCAGAGAGUCCUAAAUCUCUGCAAAAUAUCCCACCUGCUGAAGCUGAUUCAACCAAAAUUUUUUACCAAGCAUUGGGCAUAGAGGAGCCUGAGGUACUAGGAAGUAAGGUUGGCAAGACAGUACAAGAAGAUUUUAACUUGCAUAAUGAGCCAAACAUCAACAACAAUGUGGCAGCAGAAUGUAAAGAUAUGGCCCAUUUCUCCAUCUUUUGUUAACUGUUAGGUGAAAGUCUCCUGCUCUAAAUGAGAGGACAUGUAGAAUGGAGAAUUGAUUUUGUGCCAUAUCACAAGAUAUAAACCUGUAAAUACUACCAUAAAACUUCAGUCCCUCUUCCUGUGAUGAGCCACGUGCCAGAUCAGAACCCCAAAUUAAAUACUGAGGACCAUAGCUCAAGCAGUUAGUUCCUGGCUUCCCACUGUGGUGGCCCGGGUUCGAUCCCGGGUCUGGCCAAAUGGGAUUUGUGGUGGACAAAGUGGCGAUGUGCCGGGUUUUCUCCAAGUACUUCGGAUUCCCUGCUGCUUAAGCUACUUAACUGGUUCAUGUGUGAAUGAGUACAAGGUCCAGUAUUCUCAUAUGGAUGGGCCUUAACACUCAUUUAUGUACAAAAAGCUAUAUAAAAUCUGCAUUAAGUAGGUAAACUGCCUGGUUUUGCUGCCAGGAAUAUGCAGUGGAUGCUUAUCUUCUUUAGUUUUAUUCUGUAUGCUAUGUACAAUGUAUGCAGCUGGUCAGCUAAGUGUAUAUAUUUUUGCUGAUAGUGUGGUAUAAUAAGAGUGACUAGUGUUUUAGACAUUGUUUAUUGUUAAGUUUUUCAGGCACAACGUUUUGGAGUUUGAUUGAAACUACAGUAACGCCAAGAUGCCAAACUGAGAGGAACUUUGGAAACUUCCCUCCCUUACAUUUGAUGAGGGAAACAGAUUCAGUUUCUUAAUUUUUUAAAAUUCAGUGUCCAAGAUAAAUAAUGUUUAUCUCAUCACCUUAUUACUUAAGAGGCAUAGGAAAUGUCAGUGUAUUUAUGUGAGGGAAGGUUUUCGAAGAUUAUGUCAUAUAUCAUCAGCAGAUGAUAAAUAUUGAUAUAAGCAACAUAUUUUGUAUCAUAUGUCAGAUAUGCAAUACUUUUAACAAAUGUAGACAUUAAAAAUGCUCAUGCUGGACACAUUUAACUCCUAUUUGAAAUAAAUGUGAUUGAAAAACAUA